AUGUCGAUUCGGGCUCUGAUUCUCGGCGCGGGUGGCCGCGAGCACGCGCUUGCGCUCCACCUCCUGCGCUCUGAUCGUGUGGAACACGUGUAUGUGGCGCCCGGAAACGGCGGCACGGCCGUGCUGGGCAACCGCUGCUCGAACCUCGCCGAACCGAAAGCGUCGGGCGACUUUAGCGCCAUUGCGCAAUGGGCGCGCGAGAACAAGGUGAACCUUGUUGUGCCGGGCCCCGAGGCGCCGCUCGUCGAGGGCGUCGAGGAGGCGUUCCGCAAGGUCGGCAUCCCAGUCUUUGGUCCGUCGCCGACCGCCGCCCAGAUGGAGGGCUCCAAGAAGUUUGCCAAGGAGUUUAUGGACCGGCACAAGAUUCCCACCGCCGCUUUCCGCUCCUUCACCUCGAGUGAGGUCGAGGCGUGCAUGGCGUACAUCAAGGAGCUCGGCGGCGCGCACGCCGUCGUCCUCAAGGCCAGCGGCCUCGCGGGCGGCAAGGGCGUCCUCCUCCCAGAGACCGAGGAGGAGGCGCGCGAGGGCGUCGAGGACCUCCUCGUGAAGAAGGUGUUUGGUGACGCGGGCGACUCGCUCGUCAUCGAAGAGCGCCUCGAGGGCUCCGAGCUUUCGGUGCUCGCCUUCUCGGACGGCUACACGGUGCGUGCGCUGCCCGGCUGCCAGGACCACAAGCGCAUCGGCGAGGGGGACACGGGCCUGAACACGGGCGGCAUGGGCGCGUACUGCCCGACGCCCGACGGCACCGCGCCGGGUAUGGAGGAGACGAUCCGCAACGAGGUUCUCCUGCCGACCAUUGCGGGUAUGCGCAAGGAUGGCUAUCCGUUUGUCGGCAUGCUUUUCGUCGGCCUCAUGCUCACGCCCAAGGGCCCCAAGGUGCUCGAGUACAACGUGCGCUUUGGCGACCCUGAGACCGAGGCCGUGCUCGAGCUGCUCGAGCCGGCCGGCGCGCUGGCCGACAUUCUUAUGGCGUGUGUCGAGCGCCGCCUCGACUGCGCCGAGUUCUCCAUCCGCCCGGGCUACGCGGUGAGCGUCGUCGUGGCGAGUGGCGGUUACCCCGGCAAGUACCCCACGGGCCUGCCGAUCACCUUUAACAAGGUGCCGGAGGGCGUCACGGUCUACCACGCCGGCACGCGCGUCGAAAAGGGCGAAGUGGUCACCGCCGGCGGCCGUGUGCUCGCCGUGUCGGCGACCGGUGCGACGCUCGAGGACGCACUCAAGCUCGCGUACGCGGGCAUCGACGCGAUCCACUUUGACAAGAUGGUCUUCCGCCGCGACAUUGCGCACCGCGCGCUGCACGCGGCCAAGGCGCAGGGGCUGACGUACGCUGCGGCCGGCGUCGACAUUGAUGCGGGCAAUGCACUGGUCGAGCGCAUCAAGCCGCACGCCAAGAGCACGCAGCGCAUGGGCUGCAUGGGUUCGCUCGGCGGCUUUGGCGGUGUGUUUGACCUGCGCGCGGUCCAGUUCCGCGACCCGCUGCUGGUCUCCGGCACGGACGGCGUCGGGACCAAGCUGCGCGUCGCCCUCGACUACCACAAGCACGACACGAUCGGCAUCGACCUCGUGGCGAUGUCGGUCAACGACCUCGUCGUGCAGGGCGCGCAGCCGCUCUACUUCCUCGACUACUACGCGUGCUCGAAGCUCGACGUGAGCACCGCCUCGGACGUCAUCGCAGGCAUUGCCGAGGGAUGCCGUCAGGCAGAGUGCGCGCUCAUCGGCGGCGAGACGGCCGAGAUGCCGGGCAUGUACGUCGGCGACGAGUACGACGUCGCGGGCUUUGCGGUCGGCGCAGUCGAGCGCACUGCGAUCCUCCCCAAGCUGAGCGAGAUGAGCACUGGCGACAAGCUCAUCGGCCUGCGCAGCAGCGGCGCACACUCGAACGGAUACUCGCUCCUGCGCAAGUGCGCGGCGCGUGCCAACAUCCCCCUCGACGCGCCGUGCCCAUGGGGCAAGCCGGGCGCAGUGGUGAACGGCGUCGAGACGCCGGCGACGCUCGGCGACGCGCUCCUCGCGCCGACGCGCAUCUACAUCAAGGCCCUCGCGCACGUUCUCCACUCGACCGAGCACGACGUCUUGGGCCUCGCGCACAUUACCGGCGGCGGCUUUACCGAGAACGUGCCGCGGACGCUGCCCAAGGGGCUCGGAGCGCACAUUGACCUCACCGCCUGGACACGCCCGCCGCUCUUUGCAUGGAUCCAAAAGGCGGGUCAGGUCGAGCCCGCCGAGAUGGCGCGCACCUUUAACAACGGUAUCGGCAUGGUGCUUGUCGUGCCGGCCGACAAGGUCGACGCGACCCUUGCGAAGCUCAAGCAGUCGGGCGAGGAGGGUGUCGUCAUGGGCGAACUUACGGGCACGCCCGGCGUGACGUACAGUGGCCUCGAGUCAUGGGCGAACUAG